AUGAACAUGUUGUCGUACUUGACGGCGUUCCAGCAGCUGAACACGGCGCUGCUGGUCAUGCGGCUGCGUGAGUCUCCGUACUUGACGUCCGAGAACUGGGUCAAGUCUAGGAAGAGCUGCUGUGUGUGUCAAGGCAAGUUCUCCAUGUCGCGGAGGAAACACCACUGUCGUCUGUGCGGUGACGUCGCGUGCUCCAAGUGUUCGGAGAUCCACCAGAUCAAACUGGGCAAAGCUGGGAAAUGUCCGUUCCGGAUCUGUAUCAACUGCGAGCACGGCAUGGACGACAACCAGCGACAGAGCAGAGGCCAGAUCGCAGCCGGAGCCGCGCAGCCACCCAGGACGCCCGUGAACGGCAUCAACGCGCUUCGUCGUCGUCUUGGCAGUGGCAACGCAACGCCCCGUAGUCCAGAGGAAGACGACGAGUACAGCCGCCCACCGUCGACAAACUCUAGCAGCGGAGACAGCUCGGACUUCUACGACUCGCGGGGUCUGCUGUCGUCCCAUGCGUCGACCAACCCGGACCGUACGCUGUCCAACAUGUCUGGAAGUACAGUGAGCAGCUUCAACAGCAGUCGUGGCCUGGGAGCGUUCGGUAAGAGUGGCAGUUCCAAGACGUUGAGUAUUAGUGGGAGCAGCUUCGGUGGCAGCUUCUACAAGCCGAGCAACGCCAGCAACGCCACGACUAUCAGCAGCUCACGGGGCAGUCGCUAUGAUUACGAGAGCGAGAACGAUGUGGAAGGGAACGACGUGGAAGGCAAAGAUGACAGCGACACGGAGAAACCGGUGGAAGUGGUUCGAGAAGUGGAGAAAGAGCCCGAAGCAGAUGCUAUCGAUUCUAUCGAGGCGAUCGAAGUUGCGUCCUCGUGCUCGUCCAGUCCGUCGUCUCCUAGCAGUGCUGUGAUCCAGAGCGACCAGUUCUACAAACGCUUCUCGGAGUUGUCGCUCAUGGACUUCCACGACUCGGAGUUCGACUUGUCUAUCAAGGGAGGGCUCCCUAGCCGCAUGACGGGGAAAUCCGUGUACGACUUUGAUGAUUCCGAGGCGGAUGCGGACUCGGAUCGUGAGGAUCUGGACGGGAUUGGAGAAGAGGAGAACGAGGACGGAGAAGACGACGAGGUGGAGGAUAUCUGCGACUUUGACAUGCGUGAGCUGGACGAGGCCGACGAGGACGACGAGGACGACGGGAUGGAGUUCCACGACUCGAAUGUUGGGCUGGACUUCAAGCUCCAAGACCUCAACUUGCAGGACUACCAAGGUCUCGAUGAGCUUGCAGAAGGAGAUGAAGAAUUCGACGAGGACGUUGAAGAGGAGAUCCAUACCGACAUGGUACUGGCCAGAUCUCGCGUGGGGAAAUCCGUGGACGAAGAGCGAGCGGCUCGCUUGGCUGAGUACGGCAUCAUGGACUCCGGUAAGGAGAACAUCUACGACCUUGUGGCCAAGCAGGCGGCUCAGCACGCGAACUGUUCGCUUUCCACCAUCAGCUUCGUCGAUGCACGACGAGAGUUCAUCAAGUCUAGCUUCGGUCUGGUGCGGGAACGGGAUCUGAGUGAAGUCCCGAUCUCGCACUCGCUCACUGCAGAGAUCAUGCGGCGCUUCCCUUCUCGCAAGGCCUCCAUCACUCAAGACGUGAGUAUUGACGGCGGUGAUGAAGAUGAGGACGAUGGCGAGGUCGUGACGGUGCUGGACGCGAGACAAGACGACAUCCUGUCCACUAAUUUAUUCGUGACCGAGGCGCCCAACCUCCGCUUUGUCAUGGGUGUGCCGUUCCGAGCACGCGACGGGAUUGUUCUCGGUGCGCUCAUUGUGGCAGACUCGCAGCCCCGCACUUCAGUGCCGGCACGUCAGCGCUCGUUGAUCAAGGAUCUGGCGGAACAGGUGAGUGCUCUGCUCGAGGAUCUGUGGACGCGCAACCAGGAACAGGCCAAGCUCGCCAGCUCUCAGUCCGGUCAGCUCCGCGACCAGCUCGUGGACCUGCUCUCGCAGUCGUACACUACGGGGCUUCAGAUGCAGCAGAACGAGCUCAAGAUGGAGCAGUCGACGACUUCCUUGUCGUCGUCCACGCACAAACCGCAGUACGCCAAGGACUUUCGCCACAUGCAGAGUGUCGAGUUAUAAGUGACUGAACGGUUGGUUGUCCAGUAUCCAUCAACGGCAGUCGGCCGUACGAACAAGAAGAGGAGAGUCUGGAUUCCCAGACGUCGACCUUUUAGAGCAUCCAGGAGAAUAGCGAGCGGCAAACGAAGCCGCAGCUCAAAGACACGCUAUUAUGUUAUGUAAGCACGAGUGCACCCGCUGCAACGGAGGAAUACAGCAUCUAAUUAUCAUUACGAACACGUUGACUUAUCGAUCUAC